AUGGUCCCUGUGAGUCAGUAUCUGCAAGUCCCUGUGAGUCAGAAUCUACAGGUCCCUGUGAGUCAGUAUCUACAGGUCCCUGUGAGUCAGUAUGUCCCUGUGAGUCAGUAUCUACGGGUCCCUGUGAGUCAGUAUCUACGGGUCCCUGUGAGUCAGUAUCUGCAGGUACCUGUGAGUCAGUAUCUACAGGUCCCUGUGAGUCAGUAUGUCCCUGUGAGUCAGUAUCUACGGGUCCCUGUGAGUCAGUAUCUGCAGGUACCUGUGAGUCAGUAUCUACAGGUCCCUGUGAGUCAGUAUCUACAGAUCCCUGUGAGUCAGUAUCUACAGAUCCCUGUGAGUCAGUAUCUGCAGGUACCUGUGAGUCAGUAUCUGCAGGUACCUGUGAGUCAGUAUCUACAGGUCCCUGUGAGUCAGUAUGUCCCUGUGAGUCAGAAUAUACAGGUCCCUGUGAGUCAGUAUGUCCCUGUGAGUCAGUAUCUACAGGUCCCUGUGAGUCAGUAUUUGUAG